AUGGCUUUUUCAGCCCACAGGAAUAAUCUCUUUUUGAUUGGUCUGUUAAGCUUCUGUGUAGAUAGUUUUAUGUGCAGUGAAAAAAAUAACACACUUAUUUUUACCAAAGAAAAUACAAUUCGUAAGUGCAUGUGUCCUCCUGAUACAAUUAAUGAUUGUGAUUAUAGCCUGGCAAAUCUAAUUUGUAACUGUAAGACUGUUUUGCCCUAUACAGUAGACAAAACCUACUACGAUAAUUUGGUAAUUUGGUUCACUGAAACUGAUAUAUUGAGAAUCUUGUUCAAUGUUACAUCUGUGCACAAUCUAAAACUCUCACUCUGUGGCACUAUUCCUUUGACGACAAAAUAUUUGACUAUUUGGGGAUUACAAAAAUUACAGAUAAGAAGUGAGAAUAAUGGCCAAUUAAAACAGCAAAGUUUAACAAUCUCUACUAGCUGUGACAAUGGAGCCCAAGGCAAGUUGAAGAUGUCAUACAAAGACAAAAACAUGAUUACUCAUGUUGCUGUUUUAGACACAUCUCUUUUCAAUGGCAGUGGCCCAUUGAAAUCAUACAGUGUAGAAAAUAUUUCCAACAUUUCAGACCAGUUUCCACAUUUGGACAACUUUUUUACUCCAAGUAACAAAAGUUGUAUCAUAACAUUUAUUUAUUAA